GUCCCGGUCGCUGGCGGAGCGCUCGUUUUUUCCCAGCUCGGUUGCUAGAGCUAUGGCGGGCUUGGUGGAUUUCCAGGACGAAGAGCAGGUGAAGGCCUUUCUGGAGAACAUGGAGGUGGAGUGCAACUACCAGUGCUACCGCGAGAAGGACCCGAAUGGUUGCUAUCGGCUGGUGGACUAUUUGGAAGGAAUCCAGAAGAAUUUUGAUGAGGCUGCCAAGGUGUUGAAGUUCAACUGUGAAGAAAACAAACACAGUGAUAGCUGCUAUAAACUAGGGGCCUAUUAUGUGACUGGAAAAGGAGGACUGCAACGUGACUUGAAAGCGGCCUCCAGCUGCUUUCUAAUGGCCUGUGAGAUGCCCGGAAAGAAGUCUGUGGAGGCCUGUCACAAUGUUGGUCUUCUGGCACAUGAUGGACAAGUCAAUGAGAAUGGCCAGCCCGACCUGGGAAAGGCCAGAGACUACUACACAAAGGCCUGUGAUGGUAGCUAUGCCUCCAGCUGCUUCAACCUCAGUGCCAUGUACCUGCAGGGCGCCCCUGGCUUUCCCAAGGACAUGGGCCUUGCAUGUAAAUACUCUAUGAAAGCUUGUGACUUAGGCCAUAUCUGGGCCUGUGCCAAUGCCAGCCGCAUGUACAAGCUGGGAGAUGGUGUCGAUAAGGAUGAAGCCAAAGCUGAGGUGCUAAAAAAUCGAGCCCAGCAACUGCACAAAGAACAGCAAAAAAGUGUCCAGCCCUUAACAUUUGGGUAAUGUGGGCCACCUUCUACAGAGCAGACAGCUGGCGGCUGCCCCUUCCUCUUUCUGACCUUGGUCGUCCAUCUGUUGGAGCAGGAAGACUUGGACUUGAUAUCAAGUGCUCUGAACACAUAGGCCCAUUAUCCCAAUAUGUCACCUAUUGGGACAUAGCCUGAAAUGUUUAUUUUCAGUAUUCCUUUAUCUGGUGUGAUCUGUGAAGACAACAUUUAUAGGGUACUGAGUUUUUAAGACUUACAGCUCUUUGAAAAACAGGAGCAAACUACAGAGCCAAAGUGAUCUUGUGAUGGAGAGGAUUGCUGAAGGGCAGGAAGUUGGAAAAGUUAAAGACACAGGGCCUAAAGGAAUCAGACGACAUGAUUAUGAUUAUUUUAGCUGAGAGGGUUUGGAAAUCAGUAAGUAUCUUGAUUUACAUAAUAGAGGGCUUAAGGAGCUAAGAACAGUUAAAUAGUCACGACUGCCACCCGCUAACUUAUGUAAUCAUUGGUGUGGGCUUCCUUCUUGCCUCUAGAAUCAGAUAUUUCAAUAAAUUUAUAGAGUCAGAGGGACGUGACAUGAGAUGUAGAAAUUAAAGGUGGUUGUGGCAAAGGAGAUGAAAUGCAAAAGCCUAUGUUUAGUGGAGAAAUUCACAGUUAAAAAUCAGCAUGCCUAGGGCCACUCACCUGGCUUUUCUCAUCACAGAGGGAGAAAUAAUUCCCUUCCUAAGGCCACUUCAGUUACUAUGAACAAGGACUUUGUGACACAUCUGUCCCUCAGAACUGAA